AUGGAGCUCGCGAUGCGCCGCCGAACCUUCUGCGGCAGGUCGCACCUGCACCGCCUCAAGGCAGAGCGCUCGAGCAUGUCCAAGCUGGACGACGAGCACCAGCACCACCAGCAGCUCCACACCAAGCCGUCGCUGCCCAGCCCGCGACCCAUCCGGCUGCUGCACGAGAGCGCCAUGGCCGAGCUCUUCCAGGAGCAGCUGAGCCAUCAGUCGCGCUCUGGUCGCCGACGUCCCGCGUGCUCCUUCUCCUCCUCGCACUCGUCGUCCGAGUCGUCGACGGCCUCGCUGCGGCGACUGCUCGAAGAGUCCGAGGAGCAACUCGCGCGCGCCCUCGCCCAAGCAGAGGACGCCACGGUUGACGCCGCCCAGCUGGACGAGCUCGGCGCCCGAGUUGCCGCCUUCUCCGCCGCGUCGUCCUUGCUCCGAGCGAGCAUCUCCAGCAGCGUGUUGCUUGGAGGUGGCCCCGACUCCGACCGAGACGGCUUCGAACCGGAGCGGCCGGACCUGCCCAUCAUGAGCUCGUCCGCUCCUGCGGCUACGGGCACCAGCGUCACCGCCGUGGACGCAGUCGACGGCUUCGACACGGCCAGACGGCGCGAGUGCCAGAUCUGCUUCGAGAAGCUGGACGCACUGCAGGCGCACGUGUGCGUGGCAUGCUGCGGAUCUUUCUGCGCCAACUGCACGCGCUGGUACAUCGAAUACAAGGUGCUGGAAGGCGAGGUCUCGCCCAAGAAGAUGGUGUGUCCUGCCCCACAAUGCACGCGACCCUUGUCCGAGGACCUCAUUGAAGCGAUGGUGUCCCCUGACACGUUCUCCAAGUACAAGAAGUUCCUCAAGAACCAGAAGGUUGGCAUCCGCUUCUGCCCCCGCGCUGGAUGCUGCGCCGUCUUGGACGAGCCGCUCAACUCGUCGUCGCGCAGAGUCAAGUGCCAAGCCUGCAGGGAGGAGUCGUGCAUGCGGUGCGGUGGGGAUUUCCACAAGAUCCCGACGUGCCGUCGCGUGGAGAAGCGUUUCGGCCGCUGGAAGAAGCGGCACAACGUCCGAGCAUGCCCCAGCUGCAAGGCUGUCAUCGAAAAGCAGGGAGGCUGCUCGCACAUGAAGUGCUUCCAGUGCGACCAAGAGUUCUGCUGGUCCUGCCUGCGCCCGUGGGACAACCACAACGAAACGUUGUGUCUGCCGCUGAGCUUCCUGCGCUCCAACAGCCGCAAGUACGGUUGCUGGGCCCCGAUGCGUGUUGUCACCAAAACGACAAUCGUCGGCGUGGCGACGGUAGCCGUUGUCGCCGGAGCAGGACUCGCCGUCGUCGUACUGCCGCCAGUGCUGGGCUUCCAGUACGCCAAGGACGCGUAUCGGCGCCACAAGUACAUGCGCGCCUCGUAUCUCCGCAUGACGAACGGAGACGCCUAUCUUCGUUAUCACUAA